GUAAAUAAGAAGCCUAUGCUUCUCUUUCAGAACUUUGCAGAAAACACCAUGAAUGAACUCCUUGGCUGGUAUGGCUACGAUAAGGUUGAAUUGAAAGAUGGUGAAGAUAUUGAAUUCAGGAGCUGCCCUGCAGAUGGAGAGAGCCGGCAGCACAUUUCUGUUCUCAAAGAAAAUUCUUUGCCAAAACCAAAAUUACCUGAGGACAGUGUUAUUUCACCGUACAAUAUAAGCACAGGCUAUGCAGGGCUUGCCACAGGAAAUGGACUCACUGACUCACCUGCAGGGUCAAAGGAUCAUGGCAAUGUGCCCAUUAUUGUACCUUUAAUUCCACCACCUUUCAUAAAGCCACCAGCAGAAGAUGAUGUGUCAAAUGUACAAAUAAUGUGCGCCUGGUGCCAGAAAGUGGGGAUCAAGCGCUAUUCCCUGAGUAUGGGAAGUGAGGUGAAAAGCUUCUGCAGCGAGAAGUGCUUUGCGGCCUGCCGGCGAGCCUACUUCAAGAGAAACAAGGCUAGAGAUGAAGAUGGACAUGCUGAAAAUUUCCCCCAGCAGCACUAUGCUAAGGAAACUCCAAGGCUUGCCUUCAAGAAUAACUGCGAACUACUUGUGUGUGACUGGUGUAAGCACAUAAGACACACAAAAGAAUACCUGGAUUUUGGGGACGGGGAGAGAAGGCUUCAGUUCUGCAGCGCAAAAUGUCUCAAUCAAUACAAAAUGGACAUUUUCUACAAAGAGACGCAGGCCAAUCUUCCAGCUGGGCUGUGCGGCACAUUACAUCCUCCCAUGGAAAACAAAGCAGAAGGCUCCGGGGUGCAGCUGCUCACUCCAGACUCUUGGACUAUCCCUCUAGCAGAUGCUCGGAGGAAGGCCCCCUCCCCGGUGGCUGUGGCUGGCCAAAGCCAGGGCCCUGGCCCAUCGUCGUCCACCGCCGUCUCUCCAUCUGACACUGCCAACUGCUCUGCCACUAAAAUCCCCACGCCAGUGCCCAAGCCCAUGGCCCUGAGCGAGACGCCAAACAUCCCUCCCGUCUCCGUGCAGCCACCUGCCGGCAUCGGGCCUCCCCUCGGCGUGCCACCUCGCAGUCCUCCCAUGGUGAUGACCAACCGCGGCCCAGUGCCACUGCCCAUCUUCAUGGAGCAACAGAUCAUGCAGCAGAUCCGGCCGCCCUUCAUUCGUGGGCCGCCGCACCACGCCUCCAACCCCAACAGCCCUCUGUCCAACCCCAUGCUGCCCGGCAUCGGGCCCCCGCCGGGCGGCCCCAGAAACCUGGGCCCCACUUCCAGCCCCAUGCACCGGCCCAUGCUCUCGCCGCACAUCCACGCCCCCAGCACCCCGACCAUGCCGGGGAACCCCGCGGGCCUGCUGCCGCCUCCGCCCCCGGGCGCACCCUUGCCAAGUCUGCCCUUCCCACCGGUGAGCAUGAUGCCCAACGGCCCCAUGCCGGUGCCCCAGAUGCUGAACUUCGGGCUGCCGUCGCUCGCCCCGCUCGUGCCGCCGCCCACGCUGCUUGUGCCGUACCCGGUGAUCGUGCCCCUGCCCGUGCCCAUCCCCAUCCCCAUCCCCAUCCCGCACGUCAGCGACGCCAAGCCCCCCAACGGCUUCUCCAGCAACGGCGAGAGCUGCGUCCCGAGUGCCCCCGGCGACUCCUCGGCGGCGGGCGGCGCGGCGGGCGGACACUCCCUGUCGCCCCGGGACCCCAAGCAGGGCCCGUCCAAGCCCGCGGGCUCGCCGCCGGGCGGCUCCGGCCAGGCGCUGAGCCUGGCGCCGUCCGAGCGCGGCCGCGGCGCCGUGGUGGACCUGACGCGGCGCGCGCGCAGCCCCCCGGGGGCGCCGCAGGGCCCGCCCGACGGCGUCAUCGACCUGACGGUGCGUCACCGCGCCCGGCUGCGCAACGUGAUCCAGCGCGCGCUGCACGCGCACGGCCAGGCGGAGCGCGAGGCGGGCGCGGCCGAGCGCAGGACCCGCGGCGGCUGCAGGGACGGCCACUGCAGCCCGCCCGCCGCCGGCGACCCGGGCCCCGGCGCCCCCGCGGGCCCCGAGGCGGCCGCCGCCUGCAACGUCAUCGUGAACGGCGCGCGCGGCGCCGCUGAGGCCGCCAAGGGCGCGGAGCCGCCGCCGCCGCCCGCGCCCUCCAGGAGGCCGGCGCCGCCCGAGGAGCCGGCCGUGAGCGAGCUGGAGUCGGUCAAGGAGAACACGUGCGCCGCCGGCGGCCGCCGGGACGGGGAGGCGGCCCAGAAGCUGGUGGCGGAGGAGGCCCUGGAGGGCGGCGGCGAGGCGGACCCCGGCCUCAACAACCCCGCGGACGAGGACCACGCGUACGCGCUGCGCAUGCUGCCCAAGGCGGGCUGCGUGAUCCAGCCGGUGCCCAAGCCCGCCGAGAAGGCCGCCCUGGCGCCCUGCGCCGUCUCCGCGCCCGCGCUCGGCGCCGGGCCCGAGGACCUGGAGCCUCCGCUCAAACGGAGGUGCCUCCGGAUUAGAAAUCAGAAUAAGUAAAAGGAACGCGAACUCACAGGGUACCUAGCGUGGAGAGAGGGCACAGAGCAAACCAUGUCCCACCGUCCCUGACACCAGCUGUCAGCUCACCACCCCCUCUGGCUAAAACUCAAGCCAAUGAAGCCGCUUCCCGCGGUUCAGCAUCUCAGAGGAAGCAGCCCUCCCUCGGUGGCCUCGGGCCCAGAGAAGCCAGCGCGUCUUGGACCUGCCAAGGCGGCCCAGCCUUCCUGCUGCCACCAUCGCUGCUUCUCCCCAGAGGAACUUAGGGAUUUCACCCCUGGUUUUUAAAAAAACAAAACACCAACAAGCCACAAGGAGCAAUGUCUGUAUUUCCUGCUCCAUCUUCAAGGCACAGAGGGUGAGGCUGGAAGAUGGUCUGGAUUUGAAAACAAAAGUCUUUUAAAAAGCAUUUUAAAAAACUGCUGUGGACUUGCUGCUACACUGAGUUGCGUGUGAUCUGCAUUGUGCGGUUGGGGACCUGUUCACGUUCGGAGGGCGGAGAAGGGUCGGACUGGGGUCCCAGCGCCUCGGGUUCAUCUCUGUGCUGCCCAGGAUGCACUUUUAAAUGAAGAGUUAGAAUAUUUUAUUGGCUAAUAUACUUUUCCUGGUUUUUUUGUUUGUUUGUUAGUUUUUUACAAAGGCCGCCUUUAUCCUUUUUAAUGCCAUAUUUUCAGUGUUACACUUUUUAUGGCUUUUAAUUUUCGAUUUGACAGAUAUAAGGGGCAGCAUGAAUAGCUUAUACUGCGGUUUUUCAGACACUGAAUGCCAAGAGAACUCGGUAAAUGUUUAUUCUUCUCAGCGUCUCUUUCAAUUCCCCUAAAUAGCGCCCCGUCUGGGAACAGAGCAAGAGUGCUGAACUGAAGACCAAAAUGCCCUCAAGGUGUAAAACAGUCCGGGGGGAGGGUAGUAUUCGCUGGGCGUCAGGAAAGACUUGGAUGGAAUUUCAACCCUGAUGGUCCCCGGGGAUCCGGGGGGUCAGCGAGCGCUCUCUCCGUGCGCAGAGCCCUUUCAUGAUAAUUACAACGGUAUGGACAGACCAGCGACAACGCGGGGCUAAGUGAGAAAGCUCGCCCAUGAUUCCGUUUCACUGCUUUCUCCUGUCACGGUCAAGAGAAAUGUGCAAUUCGAUCCUCAAUCGGUGGGUGGAGGAUACAGGGUAGAUUUUCUUGUGUGCACUUGUACAGUCGUAGCUGUGCGUCCAGAAGUCCUCUCAAGUGUGUGGACUGCCUCGGAGUUGGUGAGACGGUCGUGGAGUAUCCCAUUCUGAUGAGUACAAGAAAAAGAGAAAAUAAGAAAAAAAAAAAUUCAAAAAAAGAAAAAGAAAACUAAAAAAAAAAAAAAAAUCCAAUCACCUUGUGAUUCAGUGUAUCUGUUUACUAACUCAAAUAAAGCAAUUGUUCCCUCUGGAGGAGUCGGGGCGCCCCUGCCCGCCGGGCGCGGUCGCGGCCCCGGGAGCCGUGGACAGACUAUUAUUUCUACGAUCUCCUUUGACACUCACUUCGCAAGUCAAGCUACUGUUUUACAGGUGCUCCUUAUUUAUUAGAGCCGUAAGAGCUUGGGGGACACACCUGGCGAGCGAGCUCGCUUUUUAAAAAUGAAAUUGGGGGGCAGGGGAAGGGAGGGGGAGGGGGGAUGCCCCAAAGCCCGGGGAGAGGAUUUAUAAAAGUGAACAAAAGGAAAACUUCAGCAACGGAUUCCAACCAACCCCAGCGCCAAACCCACCCACGCAGGAAGCAGCCGCCCCUCCUCGGGGUGCAUUUCCUUGCGGGGCCCCCCACCUUUUCCUCUCUCCCUGACCAGUGUCAGAGUCAUCAACAAAAAUAAAUCUCUGCGGAAAAAAUGCACUUA